AUGCAGGCGCCAGUAAUUGUAAUGAAUACCAAUGUUAAUAGAGAAACUGGGCGAAAAGCCCAAGUCUCUAAUAUAACAGCCGCAAAAACAGUGGCUGAUAUUAUUCGAACUUGUCUUGGUCCUCGUUCCAUGCUUAAAAUGUUGUUGGAUCCAAUGGGCGGAGUAGUUCUUACUAAUGAUGGUAAUGCUAUUCUCCGUGAAGUUGAAGUGGCUCAUCCAGCUGCAAAAAGUAUGAUCGAAUUAAGCAGAACACAAGAUGAAGAAGUUGGUGAUGGUACAACUAGUGUUAUUAUUUUGGCUGGUGAAGUACUUGCACAAGCAUUACCAUUCCUUGAACGUAAUGUUCAUCCAAUUGUCAUUAUAUCUGCUUUUAAAAAGGCUUUAGAAGAUGCUAUAAAUAUUAUUGGUGAAAUUUCUAAACCGGUUGAUAUUGAUAAUCAUGAAGAGAUGCUUAAAUUGAUUAAAAGUUCUAUUGGCACAAAAUUUGCAAGUCGUUGGAGUGAUCUAAUGUGUAAACUAGCUUUGGAUGCAGUUAGAGUAGUCGCCAUAGAAGAAAAUGGAAAACGUGAAGUUGACAUUAAAAGAUAUGCUCGCAUUGAAAAGGUUCCUGGUGAUGAAAUAGAGGAUUCAAAAGUUUUAGAUGGAGUUAUGUUAAAUAAAGAUGUUACACAUUCUAAUAUGCGUCGUCGUAUUGAAAAUCCUAGAAUAGUUUUAUUAGAUUGCCCACUUGAAUACAAAAAAGGUGAAUCACAAACUAAUGCAGAGAUUAUGGAUGAAAAUCAUUGGAACAGAUUAUUGGUAAUUGAAGAAGAACAAAUUAAAGAAAUGUGUGAAAAGAUUAUUGCAGUAAAACCAGAUCUUGUAUUCACUGAGAAAGGAGUUUCAGAUCUUGCACAACAUUAUUUAAUGAAGGCAAACAUAUCUGCUAUUCGUCGUGUUCGUAAGACCGAUAACAAUCGUAUUGCACGUGCAGUAGGUGCAAACAUUGUUAAUCGAUUGGAUGAUCUUAAAGAUGAGGAUGUCGGUGUAAAUUGUGGAUUGUUUAAUAUUGAAAAGAUCGGUGACGAAUAUUUUACAUAUUUAACUAAUUGUAAGAAUCCCAAAGCCUGUACAAUUCUUAUUCGAGGACCAUCAAAAGACAUUUUAAAUGAAAUAGAUCGUAAUCUUCAAGAUGCAAUGAACGUUGCCAGAAAUGUUUUUUUUAAUCCUUGUUUAGCUCCUGGUGGUGGUGCAACCGAAAUGGCCAUAAGUGUCAAACUUUCAGAAAAUUCAAAAACCUUGGAAGGUAUUGAACAAUGGCCAUAUAAAGCUGUAGCAGAGGCCAUGGAGGUUAUUCCAAGAACUUUGGUUCAGAAUUGUGGUGGUAAUGCUAUGAAAAUUUUAACUCAAUUAAGGGCAAAACAUGCUACAGGAAACCAUUCUUGGGGUAUUGAUGGAGAAAGUGGUAAAGUGGUUGAUAUGCACGAGUAUGGUAUUUGGGAGCCUAAUGCAGUAAAAGUUCAAACUAUUAAAACAGCUAUUGAGUCGGCUUGUCUUUUACUUAGAGUUGAUGAUAUAGUCUCAGGUGUAUCGAAGAAGAAAUCACAAGGUGGUGGUGGUGGUCCACAAGUUGUAAAUGAGGGAGAAGGUGCUGAGGGUGGUGAGGGGGGUGGUGAACAAUAA